AACAAGCUCUUGCGCCACGCCCUCAUUUUUGCUGACCCUGUCAAUUGAGCCAGCACCUGCCCCGACAGUCCGUCUGCCACCACCGUCUCCAAACCCUUCUUUCCAAUUCACCCAAAGUCUCCCAAACCCCAAUGGCAGCAGCAACAAAGCCCUCGACAGGCCUCCUGGCUGCCGCCCUGCGCUGGUCGCAGCCCGCAGCCCGCCUCCCCCGACACCCCGCCGGCGCAGCAUCACGGCGAGCCGUCCAACCCACCAAACCCCGACGCUACUCCACGACGACCGAUGAUGCGCCGCCGCCGCCACCGCCCUUUCUAUCGAAGCUCAAGGCCGACCUCAAGACGGCCAUGCGCGCCAAGGACGCCGCCCGGCUGUCCGUCCUGCGGGCCAUCAUGUCCGCCAACCUCAACGCCUCCAAGACGGCGACGCCCAUCAAGACGGACGUGCAGCUCGUCGCCCUGAUACGCAAGAUCCAAAAGGGCGCGCAGGACGCCGCCGCCGAGGCGCAGGACGCCGGCCGCCAGGACCUCGCCGACAAGGAGAACGAGCAGGCGCGCAUCCUCGAGGGGUACCUCGCCGACAGCGGCGUGCAGUCGCUGGGCGAGGCCGAGCUCAGGGCCCUGGUCCGGGACGCCGUCGAGGCGUCCAAAGCGGCGGGCACGGCCGCCAAGUCGCUCAUGGGGGACGUGAUGAAGCGCCUGGCGGGUGCGCUCGAGGGAAAGGACGUGGACAGGAAGCAGGUGGCUAGCUUGGUCAAGGAGCUGACUAGCCAGUAGUUGCGUUCCCAGGACCGUUGUACAAUUACUACCCUGUAAGAUGCUGUACGUAUGUAUGCUGUACGAGGAGUAGACAGUCUGAUAUCUCAGCGCAAUCAUAUUCAUCAUCAUCCGCG